AUGAAUUCUCUUCCCGGGGGGACUUUCAGGAAGUCCGCUCGGCCUACAUCGUGCCUACUGAAAACAGUCCGCUUCUUCGCCCUGCUGUCUCUCACUUUCGCGGUAGCCACAUUUUUGAUUUUUCCUCUGGUGUUCUACUACAGUCCUUCGGUUCGGAGAGCGGCCAUUUUCCGGAAUAAUGUACACGACCAGAGGAUCGCGUACCAGGACUCUCCGGCAGAUCAUGGAAUGAACUGCACCGAGCUGCUCUACUUCAAGAUGAGCGACGGCAACGAAAUCGGAGUCUGGGAGAUGGCCACGUAUGAGACCGGCUGCGUUAUGUACAAGAGUACAAAGCCGUUGAUAUACUUCCUACACGGGAAUUCGGGGUCCAGGAGCACGACUGCACGGAAGGAAAAAUACCGCUUCUUCAUGAGAAUGGGUUUCGACGUGGUGACGCUCGAUUAUCGGGGCUUCGGGGACAGCGGAGGUUUCCCGACUGCGGAGCACGUGGUCGAAGACGUCACGAGGGUUUACAAUCACAUACGCGAGAAGAAACUUCCCCAUGAGAUCAUCGUUUGGGGUCAUUCUCUGGGCACGGGCAUCGCUUCGAAGUUCGUCGCCAAGCUGACCAAGAACGAAACUGUCGGAGCUCUAGUGUUGGAGACACCAUUCGAUAAAGUAGGGAACGUCUUGUUCCAUCACAGCCUCACGGUUUUCGUUCGGCAUCUGCCUUGCUUCGAGAAAGUCUUCGUCGAUCGACUCAAUGAAAAUCCAGAGACAGCGUUCAACUCCGUCGACUAUGUGAGAGACAUGGAUAACAGCAUGCCCGUGCUUAUUCUGGCAACUGAAGACGACCAGGUCGUUCCAGCCGUUCUGGCCAAGGCUCUCUACGAUGGAUUCGUGAGACACCGGGGAGAUUCGAAUGUAUUCCUGAAAACCUUCGAUGCGAAGCACGGUUUCGGACACAUGAACAUCCACCACAGCAAAGACCUCCCUAACAUAAUCGAUCAAUUCGUCGGACUAUGCUGCAAAGCGCCCUAG